AUGUACCGUUGCAUAGUACUCACGAUAUUGCUGGCAGUUAUCGCAUCGUUCGAUGCGAGUCGGUUUCGAUGCGACUAUAAAUAUUUUCCCAAAGCUGGAGGCUACCUAAAGCUGCAAAGGAUCCCCGCGAAUUGGAGGGAAGCUCGGCUAAGAUGUCACCUUGAAGGAACGAAAAUUGCAUCACCUCUAAAUGAUGAGCUAAAGACGGCCAUGGUGACAAUGAUGGAUGUAACUCCCAAGCUCAAGUGUGGGGUAUUUCUGGGCAUUCAUGCAACAUUCUCUAGAGGAGACUUCUUUUCCGUGGAAGGAGUACCUCUCUCCCAAAUUCCUCACAAUUGGGCGGUUGGUGAGCCUGACAACUAUAAAGACGCAGAGAGCUGUCUUCUCAUGACAGAGAAUGGGGAAUUUGCUGAUGUCAACUGCGAGGAUACAUAUCCCUAUUUCUGCUACAAGAAAACUUCGAAUUCACUUGUUAUGAACAGUUGCGGUACGACAGAUCCUGAGUACGUAUUUGACAGUCGUACAGGCAGCUGCUACAAGUUCCACACGGUUCCACGCACCUGGUCAAGAGCCUACAUGGCCUGCGCUGCAGAAGGAGGAUACCUGGCUAUUAUCAACAGCGAUACUGAAGCUCAGGUGGCAAAGGAAAUAUUCGCUAAGUACCCCGGAGGUAAGAUUCUGGGUAAUUUCUGGAAGGACGUAGCUUUCAUCGGCUUCCACGACUGGGGAGAGCACGGCGAAUGGCUCACAAUCAAUAGUGAUACACUCCAGGAAGCCGGUUACAGCAAGUUCUCGGGUGGAGAACCCAAUAAUGCCACCACAGGAGAAUUUUGUGGAUCUAUCUACAGGAAUGGCAUGUUUGAUGAUCUGUGGUGUGAGAACCGAUAUGCCUUCAUCUGUGAAAAGGACCCUGGAAGCCUUAUGUGUGAACAAGACCAAUAA